CAUCCCUGAGACCGACCCUAUUCCCACAACUACCAGUUGAGCCUCAAACCGUAUUUCAACAAUUUCUUGAGAGCAUCCAUGGUCGUUUCCUUGACCAGUAUAUAACAAAAAAUGACGAGUUACCACAAUUCGACCCACCACUGACUGUAUCACUUAAAGUAACAGUACUGGCCUAUGAAGGUUACCCUUCGCUCUUACUACAUGCUCUUCCUGGAGAUGUCAAAGAAGAUAAUCAACCAAUCACACAGGCUAAAAGCAUCAUAACGGCAAUGAAUGGAGCAAAAAAUAACAUGCUGGUUCUACUUGGGACAUCCGGAUGCAGGAAAACAAGAACCUGUUAUGAGGUGCUUUGCCUAUGUUGGGGUUUUUAUUUUACAGCAUCACGUAAAGGAAAUGGUGGUUCAAGUGACAUUGAAUCAAUAAGAUCCUUUAUUAAAGCUUCAUUGAGAGCAGUAAUGAAUGAAGAUGAUGCAAAUUUCAACCAUAAUAUUGCAGAAGAUGCUACUCACUGUAUAAUUCUUUCACGUCUUUUCAUACUCCACUAUUGCCGAUCCACACAAGAGACAUUCAGCAAACAACGCUGGCUCCUGUUACAAACCUGCCAGAGGACUUUUGGACAUCAUUAUAACUAUAAUGAUGAUUUGUUUCUCCAACUUGCACAAAAGCUUACCUAUUGCUCACCAAAAUCUGUGCGAGAAGCAAUUCUAACUCUAUAUGAACAUCUUGCAAAAACUCUGAAGUUUGACAUCUUUCCCAUUAUUCUUGAUGAGGCACAGGCACUUGAAAAGUAUAACUAUGGAGACUUUCGGUCAUGGGCAAAUUUUCAAAAGCAUCGUUCACUCUUGUCUCCUGUUAUAGACACACUGAGAACCACUUUCACCAGUGCUUGUGUUAUCCCAUGUGGUACUGGACUUUCUCUCCUUUACCUUGAGGAUUCUCUUGUUUCUGGUAUUGCAAAACGAGGUAUGGGCAUAAGCAAGUUCACAGACUUUGGAGAGUGGGAAAAUGUUAGCCAUGUACAGAAUUAUGUUAGUAAAUUUGUGGAAUUAACAGGCAAGGACUACUCUGAUCUUUAUGGUUAUUUUCGUGGAUGGUUUUGCCCUAUAGUUACCUGUGUGGAAGAAUUAAUAAGGGGUACAUUGAUUCCUGCUGCUAUUGAAAAGAUAUGGAAAGAGUUAACACUACCUUCACCAUUACAGGGACAGUUAUUGUAUGAUAAGCUGUCUGAUAUUGUUGUUAUGCAACGACCUAAUACUAUUGACUCAAUUAAUGUCUUUGAAUUGUAUAAGAGUGUAACGCUUGCUUACUAUUAUUCUGGAGGGGCAUUUUUGUUCACUAAUGUCAAGCAAAUGGAAAUUGUGGAAGCUGGUUUUGGGCAUCUAAAAAGAAUAACAGUGCCUACUGCCUUGGAGCUAGAACAGAAAUUGGGGACUGGUCCAGAUGAUACAUAUGUCAUGGAAGGAGUUGAUAUUGAUUUGUCAGGUCCUAUCCCUCCAGCAGAACCAAUUUUAACUGCAUAUAUUGAUGAACCAUUUGCUCUUCAUGCUGUAUACAACUUUUUAAAUGAUGGCAAUUACCUAGAACAGGAAAUCCUCUCAAUGAUGUCUAAAGUUGAUAAUGACAGUGCAGCAGGCUUUCUGUGGGAGUUAUAUCUACCUAAAGAAUUUGAACGAAUAUUCAAUGGCAGCCAAGAUAUUGCAAAAAUGGUCAUGUUCCAUGGUAUUUCUGAGACUUUUCCUGCUGAGUUGCAAGGACGAGCCCAGCUUGUUCAACCUUCAGAUGAGGCAGUCCCACGAGUGUCAGUGCCACUGCAGGCUAUACUCUUGGAGAAUAUCUUAAAGCCCCACCAGACUUGCGCCCAACAUUCUAUUUCCCAGAACCUCGCUGUGCUACGAUUCUCAGUUCAUGCACUUACAAAGGCACUCAAUACACUUGAUCCAAAGAGAUUUUACAAGGAUAUUAAUGGGAACAUUUUUAAUGAGGAAAGUAAUGCACCUGCCAUUCAGAAGAUGUGUGAGCUAUCUCAGCAAGGCUCUAUUGGUUUAGUGAUUGCUUAUCCUGCUGAUGUGUGCAAAGUACCUUUUGUGACAAACUCAAGUCAAUAUAGUUUACGACAACACGGAAACAAACAAGUUAUUGGAAUCAUUGACAAUAAGAAUGCAUCACAAGUCUUUCAAAAAGAGCAUUUGGCAUUCCUAGAUGCACUCAAGGACAGUACCAAGAGCAUGAAAAGAAAAGCUGUGCUAAUGGAUUAUGGAGAGGAGUUGGUGAUAGCAAAACAUAGCAAAACAUCAUAA